UUCAUGUCGAUUCGAUUCGAUUGAGGAGAGGGCAAGCUUCGUGGGACUUGAGGUGGGGGGAGGCGAUGCCUUCAUCCGUAUACAGUACAUAAUCUUGAAUCUUGCCAACCGGUACCCUCUGAUCGGAUUGAUUUUUCACCAUGGCCCUGUACAACCCGUCACUUUCGCACCACGAAAACCAAUACUACGUGGAUCAGAACAGGUCCUCGUUGCAAGCAAUUGCGGAUGUGUUUUGCGAUUGCGCGACAGUUUGGCUUACAGAAUCUAGCUUGAAGCUUUGGAUCAGGGUAUGGCUGUGCUUGUUGAUGCUGGGUUGCAUGUCUCCAUUGGCCUUUUUGCCGCACCCAUUCGCCGUUAUCAAUCUGGUUGGCAUGAUGGUUAUCCUCGUUUUGAAUGGAAGAGAGCUUAUCCGUGUCCGCGGUGUCAACAAGAACAUGGGGUGGCAGCAUAUAGUUGGGUGGAUGCCUGUGCUGCUAGUGAAUAUCAUUUGUUUGACAACAGACUCCAUUGGAGAUGACGGUAUGCUGACCUGGGAGGCUGCACGAGAUGAUUCCUACAAGAAGGCUCGCUACGUGGUUAUCGUUUACAACACCAUCACCUUGGGGAUAAGCGUGCUUUUUGAUGCAGUGGAUACAAUCCUCUAUUACCGAUACGACAAGACCAACAUUGACAGAUCCCAGUGGACCACCUCAAAACUUGUUUUGCAGAAACAAGAGCCAAAAGGUGCCCAAGACACGACAUAUACUAGCUAGUACUGGUCAUGAGCGAGAUUGAUGCCUAGCUAGAGUAAUGAGUAGAUGCUGCAAUAUGCAACACAUAAUCUUCUCUCGGUGACUAGCCAUGUACUAUUAAAAGGUAGUUAGCAGUAUCCUAAUAAUGAAGGCAACAUUUGUGGAUGUACCAAUGCAAUCAAUUUAGCUUAACUGGAGACCCUUUGACUUGUAGAGUAUGCAAGUUAUGCGGUACGAGAUUAAAGUGGGUUUUGAUUGGGACCGUGCUUUAUUGAGUGUAAAUUUGUUGAAAAACAUGUUUAACCCAC